AAAUUCCUGCCAUCCGAUCUUUUCAACCAUCUGCUCACUCCUUCACCUUUCUCAUUUCUUCCCUCUCCCAUUCCCUAAUCUACUGUUACACACAUCUCGUUCUCUUCUGGCUUCGUUUUUUCUUCAUCCUUCCUCCAAUUUCUUCCUUCUUUUCAUUUCUUUCAUUUUGUUUGAAGUUACAGCAAAAACAUUCUGUAUGUGGAGGACGACACAAAUUAAAUUUAUUUGCUCUGCCACUUUCGUCAAGACCCAAUCUGAUAACACUGAAGCGAUUUCUCAAAUCAGGAGCAAAAGAGGUAGACAUGGGCAGCAUAGGCGACAUGGAUGCUCAUCCUCCGGCCGAGAAAGAGAUACCUUUCUUGAAAGAGACAGAACUAGAGAGAAACUUGUGGCUAAGAUCUCAACUGGUCGGGAACGACGUAAUCAUCAGGGGAAGGGGAACUCAUGUAAAGCUGAAUACAAUUGGACUCCAGUACGGUACAUGGAUGCUCAUGUAAGGCGUAACCAUCAGUUUUUGACGGUUCAUUCCUUCUAAGUGGGAGAAGAAAAGGGUGUAUGAGAGAAAAGAUAAAAAAAAUCAUGGCUGUGGUACUUCUUUGGACUCCAGACCUGCGGUCAGUCACUCAUACGCUUCUAACAGAUGAGGGAGGACGGGUGCAGAAGGGUAGAAUAGGAAACAAAUUACUUUAUGACUUUGUCUUAAUCUGUGUGCCAUUGGGCUAUGUUGCAUCUAAUUUGGAACGGAGGAUAGUAUAUUUUUUCUAAAGUUUAAGAUAUUUUUGAAAAUGUCGCUGAUGUUUUUACUUUAAAAAACCUUUUCAUCGAUUGAUUUUAUUAAAUAAAUGACCAUCAUUUGUUUUUAUUGUUUAUCUUAAACACCUUUUUUCGGCUAAACCCGCCUCAUUUCCAUUUGUAGUUUGUGUCCUAAAUUGCAAAGAAAAAUGCGUGAACUUUUUCUUUUAAAACAAAAUUGGGUGAACUUAUUUAGGGUGAAUUUAUUUUGAAAGAUUGUGAUCGUACUAUAUGGGGUAGAAGUGUAGAACUUUUGCAAUAGAUCACUUGGAAAUCAGUGGACCUGAGGGUCCUCGGCUCUGCUUCCGACCCUGAAAUUUAGUAGUAUUACUUAUGGUAUAAUCAGUGCCCCCGCUUCCUAAUAAAAACUAUGACUAUUAGAUAUGUAAUGAUUCUGUCAAAGAGCAUAUGAAAAUUGUUAUAAGACAUUUAAGUGACUACAGAGUUAUGAUGAAGCGAUUUCA